AUGAACCCAGACUCCCCGAUAGCUGUGCCCUCUAGUACUCCCUUAGAUAACCCUCAGCUCAAUAUAGUAGCAUCAGAACCAGAGCAAGUAGAUAGGUUGCCAAGCCCCAAGCUAAAAAAGAUUGCAGCCGACCUCAUUUUUAAUAACCUAGUUGAACUGGACAAAUCUGUUCUUAGUGGAUCUCAGCAUCUUCAUGAUACGGAUAUGAAGCUCCCCAUGCGUUCCUUAACUAGUGACACCAUGUACGAGAUAUCAUUUAGAAAAUGGUUUAAACAUCUGAUGAGGACAGUUGUUGGCGGAGAAAAGCCAGAGUUUUCACCGAUAAAUGCGCAUUUCGAUGAUGGCAUGAUGCUCCAAACUAAUGAAUUGGGGACCCCCUCUGGUGAGCUUUCUGACUGGGGCACCUUCUACUAUUCAGAAAAGCUACUCCUCACCUACUAUAAGAGGCUCCCAAAGUCUCACAAAGAUUUCUUAUACAGUGUGCGAUCAGAUGAUGUCUUAAGUGUGCUUUACGAGGAAGAUCUCCACAUCAAUCUGAAAGGAGUUAAGUCUCUCCGUGAUAUGGGCCACAUGCUUCCCCUUUAUCAGGAAAUUUAUGAGGUUUAUAUCAUUGAAAAAGCACUGGAAGAACUACCUGUGUCCAAAAGGCCAAAAGAGAAGAGCUUUGUGAUGGAUUUGUUUUCACGUAUCAACUCGGGCAGAAAUCUACUUGAUAACCUAACCGAAAAGCUAUUACCAUUUAUCCAGAAAAGCAUUCUACGCUCUAAUUCUCAUACAGAGCUCAACAGACUCUUUCUGUCAGCGGAGAUGGCCGUUCUCGAUGCUCAACCUGUGUGCUCCAUUGGAGAUGAAUUUAUUCUAUCGCUAGCAUAUUUGGACUGGCUCUUUAGUCUACCCCCCACCUUACCACUCAGUUCGCUUCAGACUGGCCAGCUUUCAACAAUCCGUGCCUCGAAUGUCGACGCCCUCUUCUCUAAGCUAAUUAUGUACAUGAUACAGAAUAUCACAUUUUCUGUGCCACCCAUCGAUGAGCUACACACGUCUAUACAUCCCCUCUUUAUCUGGUUUCUUAGUUCGGGCAUUUUCAAUGAGUAUUCCUCCAUUGCUGACUGGUCAUCUCCUACGUUGGCGACACUAUCACCGCUUACGCUUGAGGACUACGCAGCUCUGUGUCUUACCAACUGCGUGACUACUGAUCUGGGAACUGAAGUAAGACUGAGGGCAGAAACAGAGGUUGAGGAAGCGGCAGAAGCAGAAGCAGAAGCAGAGAGGGAUACUAACAUUGUUAUGAUUUCCGGUUACUAUUGGCGCGGAGCAGCUGCCGACGCUGUCAUGACCCACGAGCUGUUAGAAUUCCUAGAGAAGAAUCCAUUCAUCAAUCAAAGCCCGUACAAAGAUGUCAUUGAGGCCUUUCCGCCUGUUAAGAACAUAAUAGGACGCGACCUACAGACACAGCUAACUGUUGUGCAACGCUCCAUCCUCCCUCUCUCGUCGGAAGUCAUCUUCAUUCGAGUGCUCCUUGAAAGCAUCUAUUUAGUGGGCCCACAACCUUCUUCUACUGCAACGAAGAGGAGAACAUGCGCAUAUUCAUAUGUUCCUUAUGAGAUGUUAACGUUUUUAAGUCCAUCCUCGGCUCCAGGCCUCCACUGGGACCAGUCGAUAUACAUCCUCAUAAGGCAUGUACUGGAUUAUAUAAUAGUUCGAGACGUUAACAAGGGGCUGGUCUAUUCUGCAAUCUAUAAUAGAUUCAUGCAAUUCUAUGAGCAGUGUCUGAAAGAGGUCAGCAACUGCCAGAACAAGAGUCCCGAGCAGCUAGAUGAUAUCUUCGAAGCUCAACUAAAUGACAUCUUCAAUCUAGAGAUCUUUAAAGAAAAGAUUUAUUUUAAGCAAUCUCCCCAAUCUCAGCCUCUAGCUAUUCCAGCAAAUGCCAGCAGGUAUUUUUCAACGUUGAUUGUUCGCGGCGUGCUUUCUCGCCUACCAGCACACUCCAAAGUACUGGUUAAGUUGCUCUUGCACAUAGCUAUAUCUUUCAUGGUGUAUUUACGGGUUAUCGCUGACUAUCAACUGUACGUUAAUACCCCAGAACCACUGAUGUCAGACCCGUCGACAACAUUCUCGAGAAUGACGGCACGCUUGUCUCACACCCCGUCAUGGCGUAUGUUCCUUCUUGUAGUUGACAGUUUUGCUAGGUUUUUAGCAUCGGGUCAACUAAAGGUAGAUGUCUUGGAUAUGUUCUUUAUCACGCAUAUGAAUUACAAAGAUUGUGUGGACACUUUUGAAUUAGAUUCCGUCUUCGAGGAAGAUGCAGUAAUUUCACCGGAGGCUGCAAAAAAUGCUCAAGACCUUACUAAGCUCAUCCUUACACGCACACUCCAGAUUUUCUACACCCAAUUUAUGCGCGAAGAGGCACAGUGGGCCAUUCAAAGAGGAGUCCCGACACGCAAGCUUGAUCAGCUCGUGCAUAUCUUACACAGCUCUCACCCUGUCAUAUUCUACUUUUAUAAUCUAACAGUUCUUUUACGUGCAUAUGAACAAGACUCUACAAAGCCAAUUAUUUCAAAGAGUAUCCCUUCUUCAGACCUCCCUUAUGUUGUGAAAUAUUUGCAGAGCUUGCUACCUGACGUUAAGUUCUAUAAACAGACAGCAGGACCACAUGAUGUGGAAUCCUGUAUUUAUGCAGUAAGUGCUGCCAAGACCUUGAUCGUUCCUCUACCCCUCCCCCUUGAUGGUUCCAAUAAAGCCUCUGCUCGCUUUGCUUAUCGCAUAUCACAGGCACAAUCAGCCCCAGCAAAUAAAGACAGUGUACCCCUUGAAGACAUUUCUUCAAGGUGGUCAGUUCUCAAGGAAGUACAGCAGUCAUGGACAUGCAUCUAUCUGCGACACAAAAGCAUUUAUACUCUAGAUCCCAUCCGCGAAGAAAAUCUCGCCAUCUAUCUUCUUUAUCGUGUAGUGUACAACAUGGUUAUAUGUCGUGCUCACGGGAACAUAUCAGUAAUAGAGAAAAUACUCACCUCAAAAGUCCUCCCAGACAAGUAUCUUCAUAACAAUCAGCUUUUUAACUCAAUUGACUUUGCAUACAUACGCAAGUACAUUGCUGAAUCCAAUCGGCUGGCAGACGAGCUAGAGCUUCGUGUCCAGCGCACAUACAAGUCGUGCUCACUUGGCAUACUAGACCUCUUUUCACAGAGCUUGCUUCCAGUUGCUGUUGACUUUACAUUCAAGGACUGUGUAAGAAGCGCAGUUCUGCGCGCCCUUAUGCUACGAUUGAUAACUCUUUUUGAUGCAGACCUUUCAACCUUGGAUUUCUCUCCCCUUUGGGCUAAAUCUCCCUCCAAGAAAGAUGCGUCUGUGUUGCCUAGAGAUAUCCAAGAAGAACCUUAUGUCUUUGGUGGAGACCUAAUCAUGCAGCAUUCCUCAGAUAAUACUGCGGAGGAGGUAGACUCUAAAAUAGAGAGCCGCCGAGACGAUGUAGGCAGCACCACUUUAGAGGAGAACAGUGUUACACCAAGCUCUUUCCCAAGUAACGAGGACCAUCCUGUUGCAAGCGACGAUAUCCUGAGUCUUGCCGUAGUCUUGGACUCCCUCCAGUCAUUACAUAAGGCUGAUCUUCCCUCGUUUGUUUUCAAACACUUUGCCCAGUGUUCACAACCCUAUCCUGCGCCACAGUGGAACCUCAAUUUCGUUGACCCUACCCUGCUUGCGUUUCACCAGCAGCAAAGCCUGUCAUUGAAGUGUCUACUCUUUCCUGGCUUUUACCUUCCACAUGAGCUGUCUCUUCUGUUGACUGCUAUUUCUGAAUUAGGUCAGGCCCGCUACGUCGUAGGUUUGGAGGACGCUGACUAUACACCUGUCGCAAUCUCAUUUGCGCUGCUAGUACAGUGCUUUUUAUCACAUCUUCCGGCUGGUGAUUUAUUGCUUCUGUUGAUAGCGUGCACAGGGGCAUCAAUCUGCCACACCUUUUCGAACAAGCUGUACCUGGAGAUGUGUCUUCAAUACCCCAUUUUUCAUCAGCUUCUAUCCACACGUAUUUUGGAAGAUAUCUUAGCCUACUUGCCAGAGAACCUCUUUGAGCUAUUAGGUUUAAGUUUAGAAUACGUUGACCCUGUGGCAUAUUUACGUAGUAAUGAUGCCAAUACAGCUACAGAUUUAACAGCUGAUCAGCAGGAGCUUCUUGAACUCAUGGUUCGGGCCAUAGGUCUUCAUCCAUCCUGCGUCACUCUACUCAGGUUACUUCCGGGCGGAGUUUGCUCCUUCUUCGACAGCCUGAAAGCCACGUGUGGUUCGUUCCCGAAGAUAGCAGUCAUCGUAGCUAAGCAAGGCAUUCCGGACUCAUCAACGGUCUCAGUUCCUAAUUCUCAACACGGCGAAGUGAUCUCUUUAAAGGACGUGCCUUUUCGUGACCUCAUCGAUAGAAUUAACGGAUUGUUGGCGUCUGGGCUUUCUGGCCGGCAUGUCGCAGCUUGUCUCGGCCUUAAGAAUUUGGAAGCCGACUUGUCUAGAAAUGCAUGCCUGCAGAACCUAGCCUUCGUAUAUAGUGCACUCCAAAUACUAGUAGUGUGUAGCAUGUACCGGUGA